UUCAAUGUAACACUUGUUCAAUGCACGUGGCUUAAGUUGGACAGCAGUAUUUCAAGUGGAACUUGAUCACCAGCUGAACUGAAAGAAAUGCUGGCUGAAACAUAUAUGGAAGAAUAAAUAAACUGAACAUUGUAAGCUUAUAGUAAGCGAAAGGGGCACUGUUCAUUCUGUCUCUUCCAGCUCAUGUGACAAUAUGGGUAAAGAUAAGACCAAAAACCAGAAGACCUCACGCCUUAAGGCAAAUCAGUUGGCGGAGGAGACCUUCGGCUCAGUUCCCCACAGCUUUGUCUUUCACCGGGGGAGAAUUGGCAAGAAUGUCGGACAGCUUGUAAUGGACAUGCGGUGUGUCAUGCAGCCAUUCACAGCAGAGUCAUUAAAGGUGCGGAAAAGGAAUGUCUUAAAAGAUUUCGCGAAUGUGGCGGGGCCACUGGGAGUUACACACUUUGCCAUCUUUACCAAAACAACAAACAGUGUGAACUUGAGACUGGCUCGCAUCCCUAAAGGCCCCACACUACAUUUUCGUGUCAGCAAAUAUGCCCUCAUCAAGGAUGUGGUGUCGUCCCUGAAGAAGCACAGAAUGCACGAGCAGCAGUUCACCCACCACCCACUGCUGGUGUUGAACAACUUUGGAGUGGAGGGCAUGCAUGUCAAACUCAUGGCCACAAUGUUCCAGAACAUGUUCCCAUCCAUCAAUGUGCACAAAGUAAAUCUUAAUAACAUAAAGAGAUGUGUUCUUCUGAAUUACGAUCCAGCAUCACAGGAGAUAGAGUUUCGGCACUACAGCAUAAAGGUGGUGCCGGUGGGCAUGAGUAAAGGUGUGAAGAAACUCAUGCAGGAGAGGUUCCCCAACAUGAGCAAGUUUGAGGACAUCAGCGAGCUGCUCCUCAAGGGGGCGAACCUGUCGGAAAGCGAGGCCGAGCUGGACGGCGAACACAACAUCACAGAGCUGCCGCAGGCUUACGCCGGCCGCGGAAACAUGACCUCCCAGCAGAGUGCAGUUCGGCUAACAGAGAUUGGUCCCAGAAUGACGCUGCAGCUUGUGAAGAUUGUGGAAGGCUUGGGGGAGGGCAAAGUGAUGUAUCACUCCAUUGUCUCUAAGUCUGAGGAGGAGCUGCAGGAGAUUCUGAAGAGGAGGGAGACACGUCUGAAGGAGAAAGCAGCGCGCAGGAAGAAGCAGGAGGAGAACAUCGCCCUGAAGAAAGAUUACAGAGAGGCGCACAAAAAGAAAAGCCUGGAAGGCAUCAAGAAGAAGAAGGCGGCUGAUGGUGGAUCUGACGAUAGUGAGGUGGAAGACCCAGGGACACAGGAGCGCAGCAACGCAGCAGCGUGGGUGUCGUCUGAUGAUGAGGAAGAAUACUACAGACAGGCUGUGGGGGAGGACCCUGAUGAAGAUAUGUUCCCAGCUAAGAGGAAACGCGAUCCCAGCAAGUCUCCCGGGCCUUUCAAAAAGAGGAAAAUGUCAGCAGGAAGAGGCGCCUCUAUGGGUGGCAGUGACAGGAAGAGGCAAGGCUCGAAGCCUUUCGCCAAGUCAGAAUUUGGGGGAAAGGGUUCGGAAUGGAAAAAGACGGGGGAAGGAGGCAAGAAGUUUGGGGGUAAAAAGAUGGGGGAAGAAGGUGGAAAGUUCGGGGGCAAGAGAAUGGGUAGGGGGGGCAAAAAGUUUGGAGACAGAAAUGAAGGGGAAGGACGCAGAGACUUUAAGGGGAGGAACACAACGGGUGGCGGCUCUAAAUUUAAAGGGUCGAGGGGAGGGGGGAGAGGAGGCAGCCGAGGAGGAAGAGGCGGCGGCAGAGGAGGAAGAGGAAGAGGCGGCACAACGGAAAGGAUGAUGAACGGCAGUGAAAGCUUUCAAAUUCAGCUCUUGCCCCCACUAUUUGGCAUAGAAUUCUUCGUGGCGCUGGUGGGAAAUGUGUUUGCGCUAUGUCUGCUUAUCAUCAAAGAGAGGAAGAACUGGCAUACCGGAGUGGUGUUCUCCUUCAACCUGGCCAUCAGCGAUGUUCUUUACGUCCUCACACUGCCUCUUCUAAUCGUCUACUACGCCAAGGGGCGGGAAUGGCCCUUUGGGACCGCCGCCUGCAAAAUAGAACGCUUCCUUUUCACAUGCAACCUGUACGGGAGCAUCUUCUUCAUCAUGUGUAUUAGCGUGAACAGAUGGGUGGCUAUCGUUUACCCUUUCUUCACUCGUAACCACGUGCUACCAAAACAUGCCAAAAUUGCUGGUCUCCUGAUCUGGGUGGUGGUGAUCGCAAUUUCAGUUCCUGUGCCGAUGUUCGCGGACACCUGCCCGAAAGAAAGUAACCCCGGAAAGUUCUACUGCCAGGCCUACUGCAAAAACAAUAAUGAUACAGUUGAAAAGUCCCACUUCAGUUACAAACUGUUUCUGGCCGUGGUGGGAUGCAUGGUCCCUCUAUUAGUGACGUUUUCAUCAUAUGCUGGUUUGAUUUGGGUCAUUUACAAAAAUUCAAACAUAACAUUGUUGGAGAAGAGAAAAGUGGCGCUAAUGGUUGUCUCCGUCCUAAUGCUGUACGUUAUUUCUUUUGUUCCCUACCAUAUCCUACAAAUAACCUUCUUAUAUAUGAGGAUACACAAUAUUUCUAAUUUGACGGUUUAUAAUUCCUAUCAGGUGAGUAAAGGGUUGGUGACGAUGAACAUGUGCAUACACCCUUUACUGUACAUGGCAGUGUUUGACAGCAUCAGGGUGUUCUGUUGUAGAAAGAAUUCUAAUAGGCCUUAGCAAACAAUGUGUAUUUCACCUUUGUUCUCAGGUUAUUCAAUGCAAGAUCAAACAAGUUCAAGUUCAAGUGCUUUAUUUGUCACAUACAUGAAAAUGUAGUGAAAUGUAAAAGGGUCUACACACUGUGCAAAAAUAAGGACUUGAGUUCAAUAGUCUCACUGCCUGUGGGUAAAAACUCCUCCUUAGUCUCUCAGUCCUUGCAUUGAGACUGCGGGGGCGUCUACCCGACGGCAACAACCUGUAUGUUCAUUGCAUCUUUGGUUAACAUUGAUUAUAAUAUUGUCAUUGGCAUUACAAGUGUUAACAUGCCGUCAUUAGUCACCAACACUUCAGAUGGAUAGGCCCACACAACCACCUUUAUUUGUAAUGAUUCAGUGUUACCAAAGUAUUGGUGGAUCUUUGACUUAAUAAGUAAUGCAUUAAAGUGUAACUGCACCCUAAAAUGUGUUUUCUGAGCUGUAAACUAAAUUAUAUGAUUAUAUGACUUAUACUUGCAUUUGUGUAUAAGAUAUUUUACUAAUAAAAAGAUUUAAUUGAUAAUAUAAAAUA